AUGCAUAUCACGUAUCUCUUGGCUCUGGCCCCGACAGCCAUUGCGACGGUAGCGACAACCAAAAAGCGUGAUGUCAAUAACCCUACAGUCAAGACAGCUCAAGUGGUCGGGCUUUUGGCCGACCCCACUCUAAACCGUGACUCCUGCGGCUCAGCCCAAUUCGGCGAUCGUGCGCUAUGGGUAUGCCGAGACUCACAGCACUAUGAUUCAAACGGCAUCCCGGAUUUGCCUCUAUUCACAAGCUCCGCCUCUUGGACCGAUCUGAUUUCAGGCGGUGGCACAAAUCUCACCAUGUAUGGGAACAACAACGACAUGUCCUUCUACCCUCUUGUGCCUGGCAACUGCGAUAGCAACCAGGCCGGGACUUGUACAGAUGGUACCCGGUAUCCGCUCUGGGCAAACAGUCCACCGCUAGUGACAAGCUCCGAGUCCAAUGGCACGACUAUCGGAUAUACAUGGAUCGACAAUGAUCAUAUCUCCGGUUUGACGGACCUCGUCGCCGACCCGUCCGUCACUCUUUAUCGAGUGUCUUAUACAUCCGGUGACAGUAACCUCCCUCAAGCAGAGAUAGUGAACUCAGCCUUCUGGGCUGAGAAUGAGAUACCGUACGGAAAUUACGGUGGUGUUGUCCAAGACGACACAGCUUAUAUCUGGGGCAAAGGCUCCAACGGUGAUGUCGCGUUGGCCCGUGUUCCAGUGGGCAGUGUGGAAGAUAAGUCGCAGUAUGAGUUCUAUGUGAGUGGAGGCUGGACAACUGAGCAGCCCGCAUUGGGUGACGACUCGACUACUAUAGCCAACGUCAGUGCUGGCGGACAGGGCACAUACUAUUACUCCGAGUCCUGGCAGUCCUAUGUCUGGAUUGGACAGGCAAGUGAGUCUGUUUCGGCAGAUUUCUACAUUACCACAGCCCCCGCACCAGAAGGCCCUUGGAUUGAACCUGUUCAUUUCUAUUCAGGGGUCAAUGGGAACUACUCCUUAGGUGCCUAUACUCUGCAGGCCAACCCGGCUCUUUCUCCAGCGGACGAGAAUAGCAUCUAUCUGACCUAUACCAAGACUGAUAGUGUUGGAGAUAAUGUGGCCCUGUAUACAACGCCUUUGAUCCUUGUCGAAUGGGAAGACUAA